UUAUGAGAAUUUAAUUGAUUUACUAAAGUAGAAGAAAGGGAGAAAAAAAUAGAAAGAAGAAUGUAAGAAGACAAGGUUCAUCCAGAUCGGUAGUAGUGUGUAACAGUUGUUCCAGUUGCAUAACACUCUUUCAACUUCACUCCAAAAUUUGUGUCUCUUCAACAAAUAAACAUAGUUGUUACCCCCUCACAUUCCCAUUUCCAAUUUCCACCAUGCCCACAACACAAACCUUCGUUUUUCCGCUCCUCUUUCUUUUUCUGAUCCUUUCUCCGUUUUGCUGUGGCGGAGACGCUACGAAACAGGAGCUAUGGUGCGUGGCCAAAAACAACGCGGAGGAUGCCGCUUUACAGUCGGCACUGGACUGGGCCUGCGGUGCCGGUGGAGCAGAUUGCCGCCCAAUCCAGAACGGAGGACCGUGCUACGAUGUUAACAGUGUGCAGAAUACGGCGUCGUUUGCUUUCAAUGAUUAUUUUCUCAAGAACGGUUUGACUGAUGAUAGCUGCAAUUUCAGUAACAAUGCUGCUGUUACUUCCAUUGACCCUAGUCAUGAUAAAUGCAAGUUCCCAUCUGGUUUGGCGGCAAUCAAUGGAAGUUCUUCUGGAUCAAAAUCAUCACCGUCUGCUGGAUUGGGACCUAGCGGAAAUGUGAGUGGAUGCAGUAAAGCUUCUUGGAGGUGGUGGUUUUGGCUAUCAGCCAUCACUAAUUUGCUACUCAUGGUUUCACUUUAUGCAUAAUAAAAGGAGGUGAAAGUAGGCACUGAUUUGAUGAAGGAAUGACAAGAGAAAAAAAAAAGCUUUCCUUGUUUUUGUUCAGGCUGCACAGGUUAGAAAUUUUAGGAAUAUUAAAUUGGGUGUUACUAUCAAUGUAGAACAGAAGUGAUGAAUAUAUUGCUUCUGUUUUGAAUAUGUAUCUUUGCUGGUAUGUUUGAAAUUAAAGUAGACCAAUUUGAAAGAGAUUUGGGCUUGGAUACAUUUAUAAUUUUCGUCAAAUUUGUAGCUUUGUUGGUCUGUUUUCA